AACAUGUUAACCCAAUAAUGGGAUAGAAUGAUUACGCAUAUGUAACAGCAACUUCCUGCUCUGUACCACCUGCAUUGCUAAGCAAUUGUAUUUAUUCAGGAACUUGCAAAUAUCUGUCAUUAUGGUGGCUAAGGAAGAACUCACGCGAUGCAACCUCUGCGAAGCACUGUACGCUGGGAAUUGUAGGAAUACACUUUCAGCUCUUGUCGAGAGGCGUCGCGAUAGGUGGAGACAGCACGUAAAAGGGAUGGUUCUCCUUUGCAAUCCCUAUCUCUAAUUCUAUUCGCUGCGGAGCGUUCCUUGCUUGGGUAGCCUCGGCCUUCUCUGUCGCUGCGAUAAGACUCUACGGCUGGUACAAGAGAUUAGUUGGAGCGAAUCGUGUAACUCCGUCGUUCCAGCAUGUCCGAGCAACCCGAGCCCUGCGGCCUCACCGAUGAGGCAGCCUUCAGCGUUUGUUCAGACCCCGAUUCCAGCACGAAGAUCAUAUGGAUAGGUUCCACAGGUGUCUGCUGAAUUUCCCUCCUCCUGCUAUAGCCCCUUACAUCCUCAUUCCACAUGAUUCUAGAAGGUUAUCUGACUCUCAAAAGUGGAUUUUUGGUGGCCCAGGGGACUACAGAUGGAAGGAGUGGAUGACAAAGUCCCACUAUGAUUUCCUGUUGCAGCAAACAAUGCUAAGAAUAAAAGAUCCUAAAAGGUCACUGGAGUUUUAUACUAGAGUGCUUGGAAUGACACUACUCCAAAAGUGUGAUUUCCCUACUAUGAAGUUCUCCCUCUACUUCUUGGCUUAUGAAGAUAAAAAUGAUAUUCCAAAAGAUGCAAAAGAGAAAGCAGCAUGGACUUUUUCUAGAAAGGCCACACUAGAGUUGACACACAACUGGGGUACUGAAAAUGAUGAGAACCAGGCUUACCACAAUGGCAAUUCAGAUCCCCGAGGAUUUGGUCACAUUGGAAUUGCUGUCCCUGACGUAAAUGCAGCUUGUAAAAGAUUUGAGGAGCUAGGAGUGAAAUUUGUCAAAAAACCAGAUGACGGUAAAAUGAAAGGACUAGCUUUUAUCCAGGAUCCGGAUGGCUACUGGAUUGAAAUCCUGAAUCCUAAUCAUAUGGUGACUCUAAUUUAGAUUUGAAAUGCUGCACAGUGAUCUUUCAUCAAGAGACUGAAAAUAUGCAAAAGUGUGUCUUAGAUUCAUACUUGGUUUAAGAAUAAAGUUUAUAUACUGUACUUACAAAAGCCCAUGUAGUACAAUACAACAGAUGCCCCCUUUCCCUAUCUGGUUUUCUGCUUGAGUUGUUACCCUGAAGAUGUCCUAAAAUAAUAGGAGAAAACAAAUAUGUCCUGGAAGUGCAAUUAUAUAGUUAAUCCUGUAGUAGAGAAACAUUGAUUGCAAUCUCCUUAGUGUUGAAUAGCCAGACUUUCAUUCCUAAUCUAAAUAAAAGUUAGUUUGGUAUAGGA